CUUUACCACCCACAUUGGAAGAAACCACCCACAGUAUUCCUUUGCGCUACAGUGGUUUUAAAUGACAGUGUGGUGAAACGUGGCAUGAGAUACCUGUAGCAAAAGACUAACCUGGUGUCAACUAAGAAGAGAGAAAGAAAAUGUGGAGGUUUAUUGUGUUAGCAUACCUAAUACGAGGAUUGACAGGCUAUGAAGAACUUAUGGGACAAAAACGUGUUGUGAAUCCAGAAACUUAUAUGAACGUUAGUCAGAUGAUUUCCCACCAUGGUUAUGCAAGUGAAGAGUAUGAAGUCUUGACAAAGGAUGGUUAUUAUCUAACAAUAAACAGAAUUCCCUGGGGAAGAAAGAACAUUGCAGUCAUAGAUCAAAAGCCUGUUGUCUUUUUGCAACAUGGUCUAUUUGGAGACGCCAGUCACUGGGUGGAGAACAUGGCCAACAACAGCCUUGGUUUUAUACUUGCGGACGCAGGCUAUGAUGUUUGGCUGGGAAACAGCAGAGGAACAAACUCAUCUCAAAGGCACCAGACUUUCUCAGUGGAUCAAGAGGAAUUUUGGAAUUUCAGUUUCCAUGAAAUGGCCAUGUAUGAUCUUCCAGCAACAAUAAAUUUUAUUUUGAAGAAAACCAAACAGAAACAGUUAUACUACAUUGGUUAUUCUCAAGGCGCUACUAUUGGCUUCAUAGCAUUUUCAGCCAUGCCAAGACUGUCUCAAAAAAUCAAAAUGUUCUUUGCUUUAGCUCCUGUGAUCUAUUUUAUGCAUGUCCCAAAUCAUCUAUUGAGAGUGUUGUCCUCACUUUCUCAACAUUCAUUCAAGCAAAUAUUGGGUGACAAAGAUUUUAGGUUUAGCCACAAGCCUGUGAAAGACUUCAUGAUGAAAUUAUGUACAACUGCAUUUAUACAUCAAUUAUGUCCAAAACUCAUUUUCUUUCCUGGUACUUACAAUAUAACAAAUCUAAACAUGAGCCGAAUUGAUGUAUAUGCAGCUCACUAUCCAGAUAGAACAUCAGUUAAAACCAUCUUACACUGGAAACAGAUGGUGGAUACAAAAUUGUUCCGCUAUUUUGAUUAUGAGGACAAAAAUCAGAUGAUAUAUAAACAGAGGGUUCCUCCUUCAUAUCAAAUAAAAGACAUGUUGGUGCCAAUUGCAGUGUGGUCUGGGGGACAAGACACUCUUGCAGACCCAAAAGAUACAGAGCUGUUACUCUCUGGUAUUGUUAAUUUGGUUUACCAUCGCUCAUGGUCAGACUGGACCCACUGGGAUUUCAUCUGGGGACUCAAUGCUGCCCAGCGCAUGUUCUUCAAAAUAAUUCAAUUGAUGGAGAAGUCUGUGUAAACCAGUAGUUUGCUGUAUAUUUGUGUAUGCAUCUGCAAUACAGAUUUGGAUUAUUUAAAAAAAAGGUGCAUUCUCCGUCACAGCAGUUGCCAUUUUUCCUCACUCCCCUUCCCCAGAUUUAUUCAACCAUGAACAUCAUUCUCUUUUAACGACCCCAUAAUCCCUUGUGGGGUGAAAUCUGGGCAACUGAAUGGAGCUGAGUGUUUACUGACCAGAUGCCCUUCCUGUCAUCAAUGCGGAGUUUUGUUUAGCAGAUACAUUCUCAUUGUGCCCAGAGAAAGAAACAUCAGCCUCUACCAAGGAUCGAACUCACAGCCUCCUGAUUGUGAGGUGAGAGUUCUACCUCUAAGCCACCGCACCACUCAUUCAACCAUGAACAUGACUGGGAUUAAAAGAAUCUUGCCCUCUUGGCUUGUAUUUCUUUUGGUCAGAAUUUUUAUUCCUUCUGGAUAUCUGAGUUUUCCUGUGUAUUCCCAUCUCUACAGGUAGUCCUUGAUUUAUGAUCAUAAUUGAGUCCUAAAUUUCUCUUGCUGAACAUAACAGUUGCUGAAUGAGUUUUGCUCCAUUUUACGAUCUUACUUGCCACCUUUGUUAAGUGAAUAACUGCAAUUGUUAAGUUGAUAACACGCUUGUAAAGUGAAUCUGGCUUCCCCAUUGACUUUGAUGGUCAUAAGGUCACAAAAGAUGAUCAUUUGACCCUGGGACGCUGCCACUGUCAUAAACAUAAACCAACUGCCAAACAUCUGAAUUCUGAUCAUGUGACCAUGGGGAUGCUACAACAAUCGUGAAAAACAGUCAUAAAUUACUUUUUCAGUGCCAUUUGUAAUUUUGGUCCCUAAAUAAAUGAGUGUAAGUCACGGACUACCUGUAUUUUUAACUACACACCACCUAGAAUUGUUUUAGAGUGGACAACCUUAUUACAUUUAAUUAAUUAAUUCAAAUAUGUGACUACAGAGAUCCCAUCAAGACGUAUGGUUCUGCAAAGUGAGUAAAGCAAGGCUGUCAAUGUUUCAAGUAAAGCACCCAUUGAAAGCAUAACUCCGAGGCAGGGAGAUUCCUCAAAGGACAUGUUUCUUGGAUACAUCAUAUCGGCACAGUUGGUGAAAACCAAUUCUGACAGUUCCUGCGGUUUUCACCUAAUUAAAAGAGUAAAAUUCCCUCCUCCCAGGUGUCACUGGUCACAUUAUCCAAUGAAGGUGGAAGGCAGGCUCCUCUCCUCUUUCAACAGCCACCUGUUUCAAUGACCUUGAUUCCCACAGGAAAGCAUUUUGUUUUGACUGUAGCUGGGCUAUCUACUUUCCCCCCUCCCUUCCCGCUCUCAGGCUUCAUGGCAACUGAUGUAAAUGAUGUAAAUCAUUUAACGUUUUAAUGAUUUAAAACGGGUCCCUAACCCCCAGGUCUCAGUCCACUAUUGGGCCUUGAGUUGUUCAGAACUGGGCCGCAGAAGCAUCAGGAGAGCACACGAGCAGCAGGCAAGCACAUAUGAACAUGCUCUAUUUUUGUCUGCAAAGCUGGAAAGGUUCAAAAUAUUAUUAAAAUAUUUAGUAAUAUUUCAAAUAUUAAGCAAGUUAUUUCUUUUUAAUUUAGUGCUAUUAUUAAACAAUAGGAAGCAGGGUUACACGCGGAAGCAUGUGCCUUUGUUGUUAGUCAAGUCUAUUUCUAGCAUAAUGCCAUGAGUUUUUGUCAUGUAGAAAGUAGGACUCCUACAUUUCCUCUUCCUGCUUUUAAAAUUGUCCCAUUAGAUCUUUAGACUUCGUCAAAUUCCAUAUUCUCAUACUUCCUCUCUUAUCACCCAAAUAAUUAUUGGAAAAUAACCUUUUCUUCAAGUGGUAAUUGUUCUGUUAUAAUGUGAUAACUGCAAACUGUGUUUUGAGAGAAGGAAUCCAUGACAUUAAAUUGAGCCCAUCUUAUCACAAUCUUUUGGUAGAAUUCAACCAUCACUUUAAGUCUCUAUUCUGAAGAUUCGUUGCCUAGUAUUAUUUUGUAUACUGUACAAAUAUAUACACUAUACAAAAUAAUAUCAUUAUUGAAAUUAAUUAAUAUCUUCCUACAUGAUUUUGUCAUUGUGCUUGUAUUGCUAUUUUACCCUUAGCUAUAGUCUGAAAAGGUAAACAGGAGUUGUUGAAAGGUUUCAUUAACAUAUUUGAAUGAUUUUGUUAUUUCUUGAGGCAUGAGGAUCAGAUACAUACAUACCUUAAAUAUAUAAGAUCAUUUGGCAGAUAGCUUAUAACAUGGUCAUUGUUAUGCUCCUAAUUAACAAAUUCCAUUUUGUGUUGGAGGGUUCAACCAAGAGAUUGCUGAAGUUUGAAAUGUGAAGAAGCAUUAUAUUUUUGCUUUAAUUAUAAAGCAAACAUUAGAAGUUAUAAUACAUCUGAGUAAGCCAGAAAAAGACUGGCACAUUAGACAUAGAGGAAUUGUUUGGUUAAAUUUUUUAAGGAAAGAUGUUCUGGAGUUGAUGCUCUAAAAUGUAUUUGGGUUAGUUUCUUGGUUUGGCUGUAGGGAAAGACCAUUCACAUAUUGGCAAAUGUUAUUUCGUUCCCUGUUAGUUCUCAUUCAUUAUUUAGAUAUAUUUCUUGGUUUGAAUUAAGGGAGAAAUUGUUUCUACACUGCCGUACAGUUUUGAUAGAGUUAUUUCUUUAGAUUCUAAGGAUUCUGAGUAUGUGCACAAAUGUAGUGGAGUAAAAAAUAAGUAUGUAGGGGUUUUUAAAAAUAGCCUAUUGUAUUUUAUCAGGAAUGUUUAGAAAUAAGAUUUAUCAUUUUAAUGGAAAAUCUGUGUUUCAAAAAUUUUGGAUAUUCAAUAGACUUAGACAAAUGGCAAAAGCUAUGGGAGAGGAAUUAUAA